AACUUUCACUUUCUCUUCUGGGCUGAUUGUCAUGGUCAGACUCACAUUCUGCUGAAACACUUGAUCGCCAGCGAGACGAACCCUUGAUGCUUUAAAAUUAUUGGACAGUUAUUGAUUAUUCUUAUAUUAUAUAUAUAUUGAUUAUGGAAGUCAAUCAUAUGUCGUGUGACUCGGAUCAAAAAGUCAUGGGAGCUUUACUGAAGGAAAUACAGCUCAAGUACAAAAAGGCAGCCGACGUCCUCACACAAGCAGGUUUUGAAACCGACAUUGACAUCCGGUCACUGACUCGAGAGGACCUGCACGAGCUGUUUCCCGGAGUCGAGGAUCUCAGACUGCGAAAGACCGUGUUUAAUAUGAUUCACAAACCGAGGUCAGCAAAUGUGCUGCUAAAAGAACUGAGAGAGCUGCAAAAUAAUAGCUCUGUCCAAACUGACCCUGGGCUCAUAAUGGACCACAUCCAAUUCAUACAUUCACAAGUGGCAAUUUUGCAGGAGCUCCUUGUUACUAAUAUUGACCUACCGAAGAACAUCAACACAAGUCAGCGGGACUCAAAAGCUGACAAAGGUUCUUUGUCAGAAACAAGAGGUGGCCAUCCACAAGGAGCACAAGGAGACUCAAUCACCGAGACGUCAGCAAAGGACUCUCAGGAAGCCACAGUGAAGUACAAGAUGGUUGUCGGAGGUCAAACCUUUGGCGCCCAUAAACAGCUGAUGGCUCAAGUGAAUCAAGGCACUCACGGCGGCAUUCAGUUUUUGGAAAACUCGGAGGACAGCCAGAUUAUUAUUGUCUUCUGUCCAAUCACUUCACGCGCUGAGUCAGACGUGAAGGCAGCCAUGAAUGGUGUCCCAGGUGACAAACCCAUCAUUCUGGUGAAAAUGCACCAUGUAUGUGAGCCCAAGGCCUCACUGUGUUUAGAUACAUCGAUUGAUGACAGGAAUAAUGUGUUGCAGGUCAAUGUUUUCUACCAUGAGAACAUGGGUGGGUUACUGAGCUGCCAACUAAAUACAAUGGCUGUCUCUAAGGUCCAAAAAGAAUUACUGAACCACAGUAAUCAUAGACGUAAAGACUGGUCAGGGUUUGUCAAACCCUCGUUCCUGGACUUUUAAACAGGGUGAAUAGUCCAUUUUAGCACUUUGAUGGAGGUAAAAAAAAAUAAUUGCAAUUGAUGGUAUCAGCUCCAACAUCAGAAACAAACACAGAGAAAAUGUAUAAUUAAUGGAUCUUGAGUUGUGUAUUUUAUUUAACAUUUAUUCUAACAUUGAUGUAUGAGUACAUCAAUAAAGCUAAAUAUAUAUUAUCAGUAUGUUAAACAUUGGUAUAACUGUAAAAUCACAGAGGAGAAGAAGAUAUUGAUUGAUGAGUUUUUUCCCAUGUCUGCUGUUCAUUUUCUAAAGCUGCCAUAAUUUAAUUUGUUGUGUCUUUGUACCAGUCAUGGUUUUUAAGUAAGAGAUUUAACAGUGCAGGGGCUACACAUUCAGUGAUCAGCCAACUUUGUGUAUUGAUCUACGAGAGACAAAACAAUGAAUAGAUUCGCAAAUAAAGUUUGUUUUAAUGUACAUUUUGCUGUAACUGCUUACAAUGGAAUGCCUCAGAAUGCAUGAUGUGUAAUUACUGUACAUGAUAACACAAAUAAACUUCAAGUAUGGGUAUGAUCAUAA